AUGGCGCCGCCAGCGACAAAGAGGAGGAAGCUCAGCCAUAGCGACAGCAGUGAAGAUAGAGACGUCGCAAUAUCCGGCAGCAACAAUUUCGCUAGGAACGGAUCCGAAGAUAGCGAGCAGUCCAGCGGGGACGAGGACCCCAUGGAGGAACACGGUCUUUAUGGAGACGAAGAUGCCUUAGGAAGCGAAGGCGAGGAGGGCGAUUCUGUUGAAGAAGAUACACCGGUAGCAGUCAAGAAGAGCAAGACCACCGGACCAGAACAUAGAGCAAAACCGCGGAAAGGAAUCGACGACAUACCACAAGACGGAGUGUACACCGCUGAAAUAUACAAGUCAAAUCUCUUCAAACUACAAGUGGAUGAAUUGCUGAAGCAAGUCAAACCGAAAUACGGAAAGAAGGAGGUCACAAACGCAAUGCACACAUUGAAGAGCAUUAUCGAGCAAAUUCCCAGUCGCGAGCCCCAGCUGGUUCACGACGCGGAAAAAUCCCUCCUCAAAUCAAGCAAAGUCUCCACGCCUUUUCCUCAUCCACGACCCCCAAAAGACGCAAAAUACAAGCUGGAAUACGAGAAACCAGCAGUCAUAAAUGUGACGGGAAGUUACGUCCUGGAAAUAGCAACCAAGCAUGGCGACGAGCUUUGUGUUGAUCUUGUUGUCACUAUGCCCAGUUCGCUUUUCCAAGAAAAAGACUUCCUCAACUAUCGAUACUUCUAUAAACGGGCAUACUAUCUAGCUUGCAUAGCUGUCGGCAUCAAAGAGUCAAAGGAUCACAAAUUUGAAAUACGAUUUGAAAGCUUGAAUGGCAAUUCCUUACAGCCAAUUCUUGUCGUACGGCCGAGCAAAGAUGCUAGCGGCGACUUUUCGGCAUCGAAAUUCUGCAUCAACGUUCUUCUUUCCCCCGGGGAGAAGAUUUUCUCACCUGAGAAGCUUUUGCCGGAGAAAAACUGUGUACGACCAAAGGGCUCUAAAGACGAAUUGUCUUCCAAAUUAGUCCCAACGCCUUUCUACAACGCAACACUACAGGCGGAUUGUUCCAUUACGGCAUACCUGAAAGUGCUUCAUGCUGCAUCGAAGCAGUGUGACGCGUACAAGGACGCUUGCAUACUCGGGAGAGUAUGGCUUAGGCAGCGCGGAUUCCAUGGUCACGCCCGCAAAGGAGGAUUCGGCAACUUCGAAUGGGCGGCCAUUAUAGCAAUUCUUCUCCAGAGUAGCAGCGGUACCGGAGCACCAAUUCUCUCUGCCGGAUACAGCAGCUACCAGCUUUUCAAGGCCACGAUUCAAUUUCUCGCAACUAGAGACUUAACCAAGAUUCCAUUUGCGUUCCAGGCUGCCAACGUAUCUUUACCGAAAACUGAAGGCGUUCCUUAUUUCUUCGACGGUGAAAGGGGUCUCAAUCUAUUGUUCAAAAUGACCGCUUGGUCUUAUAGACUGUUACAGAAGGAAGCAAAGAAUACUUUGAAAUCCUUAGCAGACUCUACAUUCGACCAAUUUGAUUCUACCUUCAUUCUCAAGGUCGAGUCGCCAUUGUACAGAUACGAUAGUAUUCUCGAGCUUCCUCUCACCGGAUUUGAGCAAGACACGAACGAGGAAGACAUCCGCCAGACUCUACCUCGGACUUGCAAAAAGCUCUAUACCACUCUUACACGUGGUCUCGGCAAUAGAAUCACUUCUCUAUCGAUAAGCCUUCCUGAGGAGACUGGCUGGCAAGUUAGCUCGUCUAGGCCCUUUGAAGAUAGACAAGGCAGAAUAUUGAUCGGACUGGAGACAGAUCCUGUUAAUUCUACAAGGUUGGUGGAUCAUGGCCCCUCAGCCGAAAACAAGAAAGAAGCCGCUUCUUUUCGCCAAUUCUGGGGCGAAAAAUCUGAGCUUCGUCGUUUCAAAGAUGGGAGCAUCCUUGAGAGUCUCGUCUGGUCACAGAAAGAAAGCAGUGGGACAAUUGUGGAACAGAUCAUCAGGCACAUCCUCCAGCGACAUAUCAGCGCAAGGGUCGCAGAGUCGGCGAAGUUUUCAGGUGACUCUUUCAACCAUCUUAUCACUGCUGGCGGAUUGAGUGGGCAGUCAGGGACAACCCCCUUCCUUACGCUCAUGAGUGCUUUCUCUACUCUCGAGAAGGACAUUCGAAGUUUAGAGAAUCUUCCUCUUCAAAUUCGGCAUAUUAUCUCCGCGGAUCCUCAAUUACGCUACUCUUCGAUCGACCCACCCUUCAACGUCUCAAAGCAGAUGAAAACUCCCGCAUCAAUUGUCGUACAAUUUGAGGGAUCCGGGCGAUGGCCUGAUGACCUCCUUGCUAUCCAAAGGACAAAGGUCGCCUUUCUUCUCAAGCUCGCAGAACUCCUUUCGGGAGAAAACGCGCAAUACGUCACCCGCGUUGGUCUUGAGAACACUUCACAGCCAUCUCAAAAUCAAUCCUUCCUCGACAUCAUCACUCCAUCAGGCGCAGCUUUUCGUCUCCGCAUCCAUCACGACCGCGAGGCCUUCUUACUACACCACCAAUUGAAAGACAAAUCAUUAGACGGCCCAAGUCGUGAAGCAGCAGCCCACGCUCUGGCGACCUACAAACGCGAUUUCCUCCGCAUACCGGCACAUACACAGGCCAUGCAAGCCCUAUGCACCCGCUUCACCGCGCUCUCCCCCUCAAUCCGACUAACUAAGAAAUGGUUCGCCUCGCACCUCCUGUCCUCCCAUUUUGCCCCCGAAUUCAUCGAACUCCUCGUCGCGCGCUCCUUCCUCCAGCCCGCCCCAUGGACGACCCCAUCCUGCGCCACCAACGGCUUCCUCCGCACGCUCUUCUGGCUCAGUCGCUGGGACUGGACCCACAGCCCCCUCGUCGUCGACCUCGCCAACACCGAAAGCGGCGCUGACAGCAUGAAAGCCGACGACCUCGCGGCCAUCACGACGCGCUUCGAAGCCUGGCGCCGCAUCGACCGCGACCUCAACCGCGUUGUACUCUUCGCGGCUUCGAACCUGGAUCCAGACGGCACCACGUGGACGGACCGCGCGCGGCCGGCCAAGGUAGUCGCGAGACGUAUGACGGUGCUCGCCCAGGCGGCUGUGAGCGUCCUCAAGGACACCGAGCUCGGGAUCGUCGCGGGGAAGACUGGUGUCGCGGAUUUCCAGCCUGAAACGCUCUUCGCAGGCCCGUUGAGCGAUUAUAGUUUCGUGCUCCGUAUCGCACGACCAUUCACCCGUUUUGGACGCUUGAAGGCGGAUGCGAAGGCCGAUAACGCCAUGUUCAAGAACUUGCAGUUGCAGAUGCAGUCGGAGGGUAGGGAUGUGGAGGCGGUUGGGUAUGCGCCUGCCAGCUUGUUUGUCGAGGAGCUGAAGGAAGUCUAUGGGAACACAAUUAUCUGGUUCUAUGAUGAGGAGGGUGGGGAUGUGGUGGCUGGGCUCUGGAACCCAUUGGCGGCGGGAAAGAGGGGGUGGAAAGUCAGGUUGGGGACGUCGACUGUGCCUGUUGCUGGCAAGGCCAAGGCAUCGAAAAGAUAUGGAGGAGUGGAUGCGGUGGUCAAUACGGGUGGGAUUCUGAAUGAGAUUGCUAGGUUGGGUGGGGAUUUGAUUGAGAAGAUUGAGGUGUUUGACAUCCAAAAGUGAGGGGUUGGUUCUGCAUGGCGGUAAGCGUUGGAUGGUUUAUUCAAUUCGAUUCCUAAAGACCAAUCACUCGGGGAGUUUAUGAAACAAAAUUUCAAGAACGUUUGAAGCGGUCUACAUGACGACCACGAACAUCAGUCGAACGAUGAAUAUCAAAAUCUCGAAUCACUGUCG